CAAAGUGUAGUAGCGCAAUGGCUUCCUGUUUCCUUCCCGCAAUGGCCCAAACAAUGCAUACAAGUUUGUUCUACUAAUGAACACUGUGCUAAAAUGAGCCCCGCCGUGGUGCCGUGGUGGCGGACAGCGGCAGCGGGUCGUGGUUGUGGACAGCGGCGGCGGGUUGUGCGGCAGUGGGUCGCCAUGCUCUUGUCUCAGCUGCCUGAAGACGUCCUCUACCACAUCCUGGCUUACUUGGACCACGUAUCCCUCAGCCGUCUCUCUCAAGUUUGUAAAUCUACCUACAGUUUUGUUAACCGUGACAAUGUGUGGAAGAAUGUUGCCAAAGAGUUCCUGAACACGGGGAUCCGUCGGGAUGGAUCAGAUCUAUACCCAAAAAUUCCAUUGAAGGAGAGAGUGAGGACUGCUCAGAACUGGUCCAAUGGGCUCUGCACCAAGGACAUCCUUAUCAGAUGGAGAAAAAACUUGUUGCCAUGGCUGCAGAUAGAUGGGAAUAUACUUUUUUUGUCCCAGGCAGCAGAGAUCCGAGCUCAUAGAGUGCACCAAAAUGCCAAGAAGAUUCUGAGCCAGCCAUUUCAAAUCUAUUCUGGUCACAAUGGGGAUGUGUGUCGCUUUGUUCUCAAUAAUUCAUAUUUAAUCAGCAGUGGAAGCGAUGGGACUAUUGUAGUCCACAGCAGGAGAAGUGGUGCUCAGACCAAGCUGCCAGGGCACAGCCAGGAAAUCAACUGUCUGGAUUCCAGAGAUGAGAUCAUUAUCAGUGGAUCCAGAGAUACAACUGUCAAGGUUUGGACAUUGACCUCAAGCUCUUCUAGGAAAACCAUUUCCACUUUUGACAGAGUCUGGUCUGUUGCAAUUGAUCCUUCUGUCAGCUCCUUUGCCAUGGGAACUGCAUGUUGUCGAACCCCCUCUCCUCUUCACAUUUGGACUAUGGAAAGGCUGGAGUGUGUGUGCAGCCUGGGCUCAGAUUUUCAACGUGGGGCAGGGGUGCUGGAUAUCGUCUUUGAGACUCCCUUUCAACUACUGACGUGUGGCUAUGAUACGUUUAUCCGUUUGUGGGACCUCCGUCUCAGCGAACAAAAGUGCGUGAUGGAGUGGGAGGAGCCUCAUGACAGUACACUGUACUGCUUGCAGACUGAUGGCAACCACAUGAUGGCCAGCGGCUCGUCGUACUACGGUGUGGUGCGUUUGUGGGACAAACGGCAAAGCCAGUGUUUGCAGGUGUAUGAGCUGAGUGCCCAGCGCCCCAGCAGCCCAGUCUACUGCCUUCGCUUCAACAGCUCUCAUCUGUUCGCUGCCCUGGCCACCAGCUUGCAUUCCUUGGACUUUAGGCUGAGUCCUACCUCCGGGUCCUGAUUGCAAAAGCUCACUUAGACACAACUUGUUUCAGAAAGACUAAAGCAAAAACAAUUUGAGGUGUGUUAACUGGGAUAAGUCCCAUCAUUCAAAGGAUUAGUUAAAUCACAGCUCUCAGCCCAAAACCCUGUGUGGUUUCGGAACAUUUUGAGGUCCUAAAAUGUUUAUAUUGACAAAAAUGUCUUUUAAUGAGAUUUAUAGUGUCCAAUGAGGGUUGAACCAACUGGAUAGGCCGCGGGGGAAACACCAAGCGGUCAAUGAGUUGAUUCUUGACAUUUACCAUGUCACCUAAGGAAUAUACUCAAGGGCAGCAAAAAAUACAAAAUAAAUAAAUAAAAUUACUUUUGUGAAU